CCCAAAUUUUUGAAUCCUCUCUCCCCCAAGCUUCAUUUUUGAAGCUUCUUUCUUAAAUAACUCCCUCAUUACUCAACCAAAUCCUCCCAUACAACCAUCCAAAUCUUCCCCUCACUCUCCUCCACAACCUCAAACCCACCAAUCCCAUUCUCUCCCCUUAUUUCACAAAGUCCGAAACCCCACCUCAUUAUCCCCAAUUUUGAAAUUUCAAGCUCCAAAAGGAAAUCCAUGGCUCCUAAAAGGGAUAGGGAAGAGAGAUCAACCGCAAGAGGACCUAUUGAAGGCUUUGAAGAUGUCCUGUUCACCCCGGGUGGACAGAGGGAGCGAUUUCUUUCUCAAAUUCAAAGGCAUGUGCAUCCUUCUCGUUUUUAUGUCAUGAUGCAUGCUCUUCAUGGUUUAGGGUUGUUGAAAAAAAUGCAAAAGUUGUUCCAUGAAUUGAACAUGGAUUUAAUUUUUGGGUUGCAAUACAACUCCAAUGAACGAAUCAUUUACGAAUUCAUGAGUUCGGCAAAGUUUGAGAAGAAUGAUGAUGAUUUUAAUCCUGACAAACUCAUGUUUCAAAUGUUUAACACCACAUACUCAAUCACGAAACGUGAGUUUGCACAACAUUUUGGCCUACCCAUCCCCCAUGAGAAAGAAAUUCCUGAGAACACCAUUGAUGGCCAUAUCCUUUGGGAAAAAAUGACCGCAGAAGUGAUAUUUAGCGCGUCUAAACUAUCAAUUAGUCAUGUUCAACAUCCCGUACUCCGGAUAUUUUUGAAGUUUUUAGCAAAUUGUUUGCUUGGCCGCCCCAAUAAGCAUCACACGAGGAUGAGGGAUGUUGGUAUGCUCACCGUGGUCUUGUUUCAAAACCCCAUAAUCUUCAACUUAUGCAAUUUGAUGUGGGCACACUUGGAGAAAUCAUGUGCGGCUAAAGGGGAAAUUGUAGUAGGCAUCAUCAUCAUGCAUUUGCCACUAAAUUCAGCUAUACGGAUGAUGCAUCUAUACAGGGGCGGAUCUACCUUAAGGUGAGGUAGGGCCUAUGCUCCACCUCAAAAAAAAAAUAUAUAGUAUAUAUAUACACUA